GCAUGAAAAUUACAUCUCACAACAAUUUAGAGAAAAGAAAUCAAAGGUAGUACUAAAGAAGCAGGGGCAACCUGGUUGAACACAAUUGAAAAAUGGCUAACAUUAAGAGUUUGGUAUUGUUUGGAUGGUUAGCCGCCGCCGUAUUGAGUGGUUACGCCGCAGAUACGUACACGGUGGGAGACGACCUCGGGUGGACGAGACCGCCUCUUGGAGAAGUAGCCUACCAGACAUGGGCUAGGGUUAAAGAUUUUGACGUCGGAGAUACCAUAACAUUCAGCUGGAGUGGAACACACAAUGUAGCCCAAGUGACAAAAGAGGGUUAUGACAAUUGCAAUGCGACAGGCAACUUGUUGAUAGGCCAAGUCCAGACAGUAAGCCCAUACAACUUCCUGAUCAACUCAACGGACCCUUACUAUUUCAUUUGCACCGUCCCCGAACACUGCACCAACGGCCAGAAGGUUACCGUCCAAGUCCGCUCUUGGAGCGCCGCCGCUCCCUCAGCCUCCUUCUCGUCUGUCUUCUUCGCCAUCGCCGCCUCCACUUUCAUCUUUGCAUCUCUUUUCUAUUAGGAUAUUUUUAUGUUAUUAUUUUUUCAUUCUGCUUUUUGUAAUUUGAUUCAUGUUUUAUAGUAUCUAUUCAUUGUGUUGUUCUAUAUCUAAUUUUUAAUAAAAAUGCAUUUUUAGUCAAA